AACGGUCUACACUGGGUCCCGUCUUCAUCUUUCAACGAAUUAGAAAGGGCAAGUGAGGCGCCUAACUUACUCCCUCUUUCAAGGAUUGCUCUAUUUAUUCUGACUUAGUACUAAGAGAGCACAGCCCAGUGCCAUUGAACGUGAAUUGCGGCGCUCCUUGUGAGCUCCACCGAGCCGCCCGCUUCAUGGCGGACAGCCUGGACUCCGUAGCCGACAUCCAGGCGCGUCGAGCCAAUGUCCAAGAGCGCUACACUCGCUUCAGGGAGGCUGCCGAGAAGCGUAAGCUGCAGCUCCGGGAUGGCAAGCGCUACCAGGAGUUCCGCCGCGACGCGGAUGAGCUAGACGGCUGGAUAACUGACCAGCUGCAGACGGCCACAGACGAAGCGUUCCGAGACACGAGCAACCUUCAGGGCAAGAUCCAGAAGCAUGAAGCCUUCCAAGCUGAAGUCACUGCGCAUGCCAAUGCCGUGCAAGCACUGACUGAUGCUGGUAAACUGCUGGUCGACGAGAAGCACUUCGAAACGGAAAAUAUCCAGACUCGUGUGACGUCCGCUGAAGCUCAGUAUGCAUUGUUGGUGGAGAAGGCCAAAGAGCGCGGCAUCAAGCUCAACGAGGCAUUGAAACUGGUGCAGUUUCAGAGGGAGGUGGAUGAAGUUCGGCAAUGGAUCGUGACAAAGGAGCCGACGGCCGCAUCAGAUGCAUACGGUAACACUGUGGGUGAAGUGCAAACACACCAGAAGAAAUUCAACGACUUCAGGAAGGACAUGGCGGCAAACUCGGCAAGUGUUGAGGCUGUCCACAACAUUGCGAACAAGCUUGCUAGCGAGAACCACCCUGACAUCGGCGUGAUGAAAGAAAAGCUUCAGGAACUUGAUUCGCUUUGGGAUGACAUGCAGCAGAAAGCAGGCCAUCGAGAGCAGCGCUUGACAGCCCGACUAGCAGUUCAAAUGUAUCUCCGGGAUGCAAGUGAAGCCGAGCGCCGAGUGAAUGACAGAGACAGAGAGCUGACCACCGACGAGCUCGGGGCCGAUCUAACGGGUGUCAUGGCACUGCAGAAGAAGCACAAAGGUGUAGAGAGUGCAAUGGAAGCACUCAGACCUAUGGUGGAAGAGCUGGCUGCCAGCAGCAAAAGGUUGCAGGAGACAUACCCGGAUGACAAGGAUGAACUGCAGAAGCGUGAAUCUGAGAUCGUGUCAAUAUGGGACGCUUUGACAGAGAAGGCCAAGGCACGGAGUAAGAAGUUGAGCGAGUCAUUCAGCUUCCGACAGUUCCAGAACAAAUGCCGUGACCUGAUGGCUUGGUGUGAGUCGACGUGUGACACCAUCCUGACGGAAUCUCUCGCAGACACCGUGGCGGCUGCCGAAUCCCAGCUGAAGCGGCACCGCGAACGCAAAGGUGAGAUGGAAGCCAGACAAGAGAACUUCACAGCUGCCGAGUCCCUAGCCGAGCAGAUGACAGCCGAGGAUCACUACGCGACCGCGGACAUCCAGGACAUGAUAACCAAGCUGAACGGAGAGCGUUCUGCAUUGUCCGGAGUUUGGCAGAAGCGACAGGAGGAAUUCGGUCAGUGUCUCAACCUGCAGAUCUUCACAAGAGAUAUGGUGCAGAUGGAUUCCUGGAUGAAAAAACAAGAGAGUUUCCUUGAAAACACUGAUCUUGGCGACUCCCUUGGCUCUGUUGAAGGCUUGCUGAAGAAGCACGGUGACUUUGAGAAUCAAGUCAGUGCCCAGGAGGAGAAAAUCACGGAACUGAUGAACAGGGCAAAGCAAAUGGUGUCAGAGGAUCAUUAUGCCAAUGAACAGCUGAUUGAAAAGCAAGAGAAGCUGGAAGCUAGACACAAGGCUCUACUGGAGAAGUGUGCCAGUCGUAAGGAUCAGCUCACUGCCUCACUUCACUUGCAAAAGCUGAAGCGGGACUUCACCGAGUUGAAGCACUGGAUCACCGACCAGAUGAAGGUUGCACAGGACGAGACAUUCAAGGAUCUGACAAAUUUGCAAGACCGUGUUCAGAAGCACAAGAAGUUUGAUGCAGAAGUGUCAGGCAAUUCGGACCGACUUGCUCGCAUCACUAAUCGCGGCGAUGAGCUUAUCGGCGAAAGUCACUAUGCAUCGGAUGAGAUCAGGUCCUAUCUGGAAGAUGUGAAGGGUCUUUGGGAGACGCUGACAGGAGCAAGCUCAAGGAAGGGAACACUGCUCGACCAGGCUGUGGUGCUCUUGAAGUUCAACAAGUCCACCGCAGAGCUCAACAAAUGGUUUGACGAUGUGGAACUGCAGCUAUCCUCAACGGAACUGGGAAAGGACCUGGCAUCAGUCAAGGUUCUUCAGACCAAGCAUCAAGCACUGCAGUCCAAUGUUGAGUCUCACCAGGCGGCCGUGAGUGCACUGAAGAAGUUGUCUGAAGAGCAGAAGGAAGAACAUCAUUAUGCCCUGGAGACGAUUGAAGCUGAUGCCGAGAAGGUGGCCACUCGCUUUGGAUCGCUGACGGAACCAAUGGCUGCACGCACUAAAGCCCUGAGUGACUCGCUUGAGCUGCAACUGUAUCUGCGUGACUCGCUGGAGGAGCAUGGCUGGAUUGCCGGCCAUCUGCCAAAUGUGUCAGCGGUCAACAGAGGCACCGAUGUUCCAAGUGUGCAGGCACUCAUGAAGAAGCAUGACGGAUUUCAGGUGGACACGGACGCACACAAAUCCAGGCACGGGGAGGUCUGUGCAUUCGCUGAGCGACUCACUGAGGCAGGCCAUUACGCCAAGGACGACAUUGAGCCAGACAAUGCCAAACUUGCUGCGGAAUGGCAGGAGCUGCAGGCAAAGUCUGAGUACCGCAAGCGUGACUUGGCCGAGUCGCUCAAGGAGCACCAGUACUUUGCUGAUGCGCGCGAGACCGAGUCCUGGCUGAAGGAGAAGGAAACGGCAGUGGCAAGCACAGAUUUUGGUGCAGGCGUGGAUGCAGCACAGGAGCUGCUGAAGAAGCUGAAGCUACUGCGUGAGAACAUUGACUCGUACAAGACCCACAUGGACAAGCUGGCUGCUCUGUGCAGUGGUUGCCAGGUAUCUGCUGACGAUACAACUGUGCCGCAAGCUGUGACGGACAAGCAGAAGAGCCUUGAGGAAAGGUAUGAAGCACUUCUAGUCAAAGCAACUGAGCGACGGGUGAAACUGGAAGAGUCCAAGUCACUUCACAAACUGAAGGAUGAUGCGGCGGAGGUGGAUGCGUAUGUAGCAGAUCGGAGCAAUGUAGCAAGUUCUACGGAAGUUGGAGAUGAUCUUGAUCGUGUGGAGCAAUUGCAGAAGAACUUCAGCGACUUCAAGACGGAUUUGCUCGCCAACGAGAACCGUGUCAAAGCAGUUGAUGCCACGGCAAUGAAGAUGGUGGAGGAGGGACAUUCGCAAAAGGACCAGAUUGAUGGCGUGACAGAGGCAUUGAAAACCAGGUGGAGCUCCUUGCUUGAUGGAGCUGACCAGCGCAAGGCCCUACUUGACUCUGCCCACCAAGUUCAGACUUUCAACAGGGAUGCUGGCGAGACCCUGGGUCGUAUUGCAGACUUCAGUGCUCAGCUGGACACGGAUGAUUGCGGCAACUCGCUACCCACAGUUCAGUCGCUCAUUCGUAGCCACGAAGUAUUUGAGCGUAAUCUUGCAGCGGUCCAAGACAAGGUUGCGGAGCUCGCAAAUGAAGCUGAUCGUCUCAAGGAGGCCUUUCCGCGAUUUGGUGAUGGCGUGAUGGAAAAGAAUGGUGACAUUCAGUCAUCGUGGUCAGCUCUACAGAAGAAAUCUGCAGAGAGGAAGGCUGUCCUGCUAAACGAGAACGACCUUCAGGUGUUCUUGAAUAACGCCAGAUCUGUUGCAAUGGCUCUUGCAGCGGCCGAAAGUUCCUCGUCCGACUUUGAUGACCAUUUACUCAACGCCGAUGUGUUGCAAGCAAAACUGGAUGACUUUGAAAAGGAUCUCUCCAGCUAUGAAGCUCAAGUGCAGGCUUCUCGCAGUGCUAGUAGUCAGCACGCUGCAGAAAGCCAUCCCAAGACGGCACCAAUGAGCGAGAAGGAGAAGGAACUGAUAGCAACAUGGGACAGACUGCAAGAACUGCGUAAGGAGAGACAAGCAAAGUUGACAGCUGCAAAGGAUGUGGAGCAGUUUAUCCGGGAGACGAAGGAGGUCGUAGGCUGGAUGAACGAGAAGAGCACAAUCCUGUGCACAAUCCUGUCAUCUGACGAUUAUGGCGAUAAUGUUGCCGCAGUGCAGGCAUUGCUGAAGACACACGAAGGACUGGAGCAAGACCUUAGUGCUUUGCAUGAAAAGGUCAAACAGUCGGCCAGUCGAUCUAGUGACCUGCAGAAACUGUAUCCGGACUCGGCGUCCAGGGUCACAGAGAAUGAACAGGAAGUCAGCAGCGGGUGGACUAGUUUACGCGAGAAGGCUAAUGCACGGCAGGCUAAGCUGGAUGACUCACUGGAACUUCAGUUGUUCCUCAGCAGUGUUCGGUGA